GAAAAAUAUGGAAAGCGUUAUGAUAAUGCUUUUAAGGAAAACACGGAAGACAAAAGGGAAAAAUAUGGAAAAAGAUAUGAAAAGAAAUCUCAUAAACAUAAUUUCCCUAACUCAACUGUGUUCUUUAUAUAUAAUGAUCUUCAUGCAGGGCAAAAAAUGAGACUUCAUGUAACAAAAUCUACAAACAAAGCUAGAAUCUUGCCUCGUCAAGUUGCUGAUUCCAUACCUUUCUCAACUGAUAAGUUGUCAGAAAUUUUUCAACGUUUCUCAGUAGACCCUGAAUCAAGCCAAGGGAAAGUCAUAAAACAAACUGUAGAGGAUUGCGAGUCACCUGGUAUUAAAGGAGAAGACAGAUACUGUCCCACUUCUUUAGAGUCUUUGAUUGAUUUUAGUGUUAAGCAUGUUGGGAAUAAAGUUCAAGUUCUUUUUAAUGAGAUAGAUGAACCCAAAAGAGAGCAAGAGUACACAAUCAUGGAUGUCAAAUUCAUGGGAGAAAAUCAUGUAGUGUGUCACAAGCAGAAAUAUCCGUAUGCUGUAUAUUAUUGCCAUGCACUAAAUGGCACUAAAGUUUAUACAGCUCCGUUGGUGGGCGCUGAUGGUACUAAAGCCAAAGCAGUGGCUGUUUGCCAUUCAGACACAUCUGCUUGGAAUCCAGGACACUUGGCCUUUUUACUCCUCAACAUGAAGCCCGGAGAAGGGACAGUUUGUCACUUUAUUAGAAGUGAUACGCUUGUUAUGGUAUCUAUUGAUGAAAAUAUUGAAAAAACCUCCAGUGAUACCAAUCUUCUUCGUCAUGCUUAGAGUUUAAGCUUGCAUUUUAGUUGUACUAGUACCUAUGCUAAAUUUCGCAAUAAGCCACUUUUUUAAGUGACAAUCUUUGUAUUUGUGUAACAUGCUCAGCAUCAUAUGUUGCUCCAUAUGUAAAGUUAGUAUAUUGCACUACAAUGUUCUGCUUAAUUAAAUUUAUUGAGAGUUUAGUGCACUUGUU